AUGAAUUUACAUAUUAUCAGGUUCACACGUCGUACGUGUCUCCGAUUUCAGCUCUGCAGACGGCUCCAUGCGUCGCUCUUGGAGGCAAACCCGAUCCAAGCAUACGAUGCCCGUGUGGCUCAGGGAAGGCUAGAAAAUGAUCCAUAUCAAAGAAAAAUUCUUUCCAGUCUCUCUCAGUUGCACAUGAGUCUUGGCCACUAUGUACCGCCAACUGUGGCGACGCCUGAUGUAGAACUGUUAAAGCCCAAAACGGGACUCUCAGGAUACUUCCUGAAACUCCUCAAUCGCGAAAAAUCCGGUAAUUCGGCAGGGGAAAACUCUGUAAAGGGUAUCUAUUUGUAUGGAGACGUCGGAUGUGGGAAAACCAUGCUCAUGGACUUGUUCUACCUGACUGUUCCCAAACAUCUCCCCAAGAAACGCAUGCAUUUCCAUCAAUUCAUGCAAAAUCUUCAUAAACGGUCGCAUCAGCUCAAACUUGAACACAACCAUAUGGAUUUGGAUGUGAUCCCGCUUCUCGCAAGUGAAAUCGCCCAGAAUUCCACUGUUUUGUGCUUCGACGAGUUCCAGGUCACCGAUGUCGCCGAUGCCAUGCUACUUCGAAGACUUCUAACGUUGCUUUUAAGCCCCGAAUAUGGUGUUAUUUUAUUUGCUACGUCAAACAGGGCACCUGACGAUUUGUACUUGAACGGUAUUCAGAGAGUCCUGUUCAUUCCAUGUAUUCAGCUUAUCAAGAAGCAGACUAAGGUGAUUUAUUUGAAUUCUCCUACAGACUACAGAAAAGUGGCCCGUCCCGUGCUGUCUGUGUACUACUGUCCAAAACCGGGUGUGAAAUAUCACAGCAAGACGAAUCUUGCCGCCUGCCGGAAACACGUAGAAACUUGGACCAACUACUUCAACCAGGGUGAGGGUUCCGGGCCCCUUGUUGAAAACGACACGCUUACUGUGUGGGGAAGACAGCUCAAUGUGCCAGUAAGUCGUAGACCGUUAGUAGCGCAAUUCACCUUUGAAGAACUCUGUGGUCAAAACCGAAGCGCAGGCGACUACUUGACGCUUGCCAGCGCCUACCAUGGCUUCAUCAUCCGCGAUAUCCCGUACCUCAGUAUCAAUGUAAGAGAUAAGGUACGUAGAUUCAUCACGUUCCUCGACGCGGUCUAUGAUGCGCAUGGAUGUAUCGCUACAACUGCCGCCGCCCAGUUCAAGGACUUGUUUGUGGAGCCCGAGGAUGUGAAGGCUGACAACUACCAACUUUUCAAGAAACAGAGCGAUAUGGGUGCAGAAGAGACAUUUGAGGACGACGACUUGGUUGUGAAACACGGUUUCGACAAGCUGGUGGCUAAGAAGGCUUCGAUGUUUGUCAAUGACGAGGAGAAGUUUGCAUUUGCCCGGGCGCUAAGCCGUUUGACCCAAAUGGGCACCACAGAUUGGCUCGAGGCACCCCGCGACCUCCGCCAAUAG